AUGGUGCUCUCCUUCAUUCUUGUGCAGAAUCGCCAGGGCAAGACGAGACUCGCCAAGUGGUACGCUCCCUACACCGACGAAGAGAAAGUGAAACUGAAGGGCGAGGUCCAUCGUCUCAUUGCCCCUCGUGAUCAGAAAUACCAAUCGAACUUCGUCGAGUUCCGAUCCGCGCCCUCGUCGUCCGCCUCCACAUCCCACGCCCAACCCCUUGUCCGUCAGAACCUAUCGUCGACAAAGAUUGUGUACCGUCGGUACGCAGGCCUCUUCUUCUGCGUCUGUGUCGACGCAAACGACAACGAGCUCGCCUACCUCGAAGCCAUUCACUUCUUCGUCGAGGUUUUGGACCAAUUUUUCGGCAAUGUCUGCGAAUUGGAUCUUGUGUUCAACUUCUACAAGGUUUAUGCCAUUCUCGACGAGGUCUUCUUAGCCGGCGAGAUCGAGGAGACGAGCAAACAGGUCGUCUUGACGAGACUUGAACAUUUGGAUAAGUUGGAGUGA